CAAUUUGCAGUUUCACUGGAUCACAGCUAAUGGCAGAGAAACUUGUGUCCUGGGCCGACCCUGUCAACACCUCUGAAAUUUCCGACCCCAUUUUCCGAAGCAAAAUUUCUCACAAUCUGUUUUCGGCAAAAAGAUUUUUUGCAGUAAUAUUUCAUGCCAGUUUCAAAUACGCAACGAUGGCGGAACCCAAGAAUGGAGAAGACAGYACCGUUAUGCCAACGAUAGACAGACAAGAGGCAGAAAAUCAGAACACAGACGAURUCGGCGCCAAAGAUGAUCCUAGUCAACAAUUGUUUAAAAACCUGGCAAUCUUGCCUCCUUUGCAGAAGGACACAAGCRGCAAAGAUCGCAGGAAGCAAGAUUUGAUCGAUGCCGUUCCGCUUCCUCCGAUUCGAGCGGAAGAACCUGUUUCAUCAAUUCGAGCUGCUCUGGGGGAAAUUUGUGGCUAUGCCCAUCUGACGAAUUACCGUUUUGUUCUGGAGAGGGGCGAUGAGAAUGAUACUGCUACGGAUUCUUUGGGCAAAAGAGGCGGUUCGUCGUCAAAGCAAGGCCCYGUUGCUUCCCCCUACACAGGAUUAAAUGCUGUCAUUUCAACGAAGGAAAUUGUGAAGUCUUUUUUAAACGAGGUGGAUCCUGUGACUGCGACAAACAAAAUGGAUACCGAGAAAGCCAUGGUCCUCGACGAGUUUGGAGAUCUGACUUCAUUGUUGUGUGAUGACGGAUUGAAAGAUGGUUCUGGAUUCCGAAUUGUGUUGGAACGRUACGAUAUAGCACUCAUUCGAGAUCAUAUUGCACGACUAAGGACUCUGCUGGAUGGGAAUGCACCAAACUCGACAUCGCUGGAUGAGAGUAGYGGUGAAGCCGUAGCUCCAGACUCGUCGUCGCCACCGUCGCCUGRAACUGAGAAAGAAAGCGAUACCAACGCUUCAAGCGCGACACAAGGGAAAGUGAAAGAAAGUCAASCGGAGCUUGCCAUUGAAAAAAAGGAGAAAAAUGWUGCCAACAAUAAGGAAGAGCAGCAAAAGGGAUCAAACCAGAAGAAAAAAGAUGCGCCUUCCGUUCCUCCAAAAGAUAUGCCUGUGUUUUCACCAGAGAAGUCCUUGUCCCCCGACAGCAACGACCUGAAGAAUUUCUUUUACUAUGCUUGCGGUGAAGAUCCGUCUUURUACUUGGACGGUCCGGAUGCUAAUAAGAAGGRAAUGGGCGGUGGCGGCGUAGCGAAGUCCAAGAAAAAAGGAAAGAAGAAGAAUUCAAAGACCUCGUCUGAAGAAGGCGACAAGGCCGAUGAGGAGUCGAAAGAUCAAUUGAUAAAACGAGUGAUUCCUCUGUUAAACGAAAUCGAGGAACGAACAAGAAUUUCCUGUCACAUUCGUUUCAGUGGCUUUCACCCACCACCGCAAUCUCGACAGUUCAUGGGUGACCUUGCUUACCUUGAGGUGACUUUACCCGAYGGCGAAGUUGUCAGUAUCUCUGCCACGCCCCUAGGUUUCUUUGUCAAUCAAUGUUCAUUGAAUAGAGGAGACUACAAAUUCGACCCUUCUCCAGCAGAAAAAUCUUGUUUUUCUCACGAGCUGUUGGAUUGUUUGCUACAAUAUUCCAAAUCAUUUUCUGAUGCAUGGAGCGAUGCCCUCGUUGCAGCGAAGAGUCGUGCCGAAUUAAUGCUAAAAAUUAAUGAAGAUGGGCCAUUUCACUCAUUCUUUCGCGUUGCAAUCCGUGGAGACUUUCCGGGGUACAAGCGACCGUCGGUCGCGGCAGCAUCAGAGGGGAUCGAUGCUCUGGUUCAAACUCCUUCCUGGCUCGUCCCAGUUCCUCGAGUUGAACAAGAGGCGGAAAAUUCCUGGAAUAGAAAUUGCGAACACUCCUAUAGUUCUGCAAGGACCGAAGAGGAUUUAUCGAACUCAUUUGGUGUAGACAUCCGCAACGGCUCGCUUAGGGACUGGAAUGAAGAACUUCAAGUUGCUCGUGAAAUGCCAAUGGAUAACUUACUAGAGAGAAUUGAACGCGCUAGGUAAGGAGUGCAGAUGAUUGUKUCCAAUUCUUUGUCGUCGGAAUACUACCGCAUGUACGAGACUAAUCCGAAUUUUUUCUAUUUUCUCUUGUGUGUUAGAGUGUUAAACAAGGUUUUAACGGAUUUUGGAGAAGCGGUACUUUUAGGAGUGAAAGCAAUCAGUCAAGGCCAAGUGACAGCAAUGAACCCCAACGAACCGUURCGAUCACAAGUGUUUUUGCACAAUAAUAUUUUCUUUUCCCGCGCCGUUGAUGCUGGUCUUGAAACAUUUAAAGUUGCGAAAGGAGACAAAGCCGCCCGAAARUCGGCCUCUCGGGAUCUCCACUGCCUCGGGGCGCUCCACCGUAUGGAACGUACUGGUCUCCACACUCUUGCAACUGCUGUGGUUGAUUACCUUGGUUCAAGGUUUGUCUGCCAAAGCAUCUUGCCGGGUAUUUUGAGCGGAGAAAAGACACAUACGUUGCUCUAUGGUGCUGUUGAGUCAGGAGUCCCACUAGUUUGGGACAAAGAAAURCACGAUUUGUUUGAAACAACUCUCGGGAAGGGACUGAUGAUAGCCACGCGCCCGAUGCCAAAACAACCGUUGACAGCAGAACGCCUUGCGGAGAUCGAAGAUGCAAAGAUCGAACCCCUUUCCAUCAAAUAUGGCAAGGAUGAAGACGAAAAGAGAGAUGAAGAUGAAAGUCUCACAAUAGAUUUGUGCGCCCCACUUGAAGCCAAGGGCAUUCGUGGCAGUGAUCAACGAAAGUAUGUGCUUGAUAUGACAAGACUAACCCCUCGUGAUGCAAAUUGGGUACCAAGAGAACAGGGAGGGACUGGGAAGUGGGACCCUGAAGUGGGGGCAAACGGAGGUUCGUCGGAUGAUGGAUUGAUCCCAAGUAGCCUCGAUGACGAAGARUGGACUCUAGCUGUACUUCGAAACGAGCUUGUAUCACAUUUUGCCCAGGUCAAAAUGGCMAGAUAUGUCCAGGAGAAAAAGGCAUCUGCCGAAGAGGACGAAAAAGCUGCUGCCGAAGGCGAGAAAAAGAACCCAAGCGAUGAAAAGGUGGAACAGAACAAGGGCGAAGACAAUGACAAGGAAACUGGCAACAACGACAAGAAGGACGAGAAGCCCGCAGAAACCGCUUCGGCAGGGAGAAAGAAAAUGUCGGAAGAUGAUCUUGCUUAUUUGAAUUCGUUGCGAUUCAAUGUAAACGUGUUUCUCCCCGAUGUUAUUACUCUGGAAGGGAUCGAUGACGGCGCUCUGGAGCAGAUCAAGAAAGACGAAGAAAUGGUUCGUGAAGCUUCGGUUUAUCUCUGGAACGAUGUGAUUCCCGGUGUGACGAACGAGAUCCGGAUGGGCACCGUUCAUACCGUGCCACACGAUGGAAAGAGCCUUACCGAAUUUAUUCACCAGCGAGGCAUCAAUUGCCGUUAUCUCGGCCGUCUUGCAACGCUCGCACAGGUCGAAGAAGAAAAAGACCGAAAGCAGAUCAAGGCCUACAAGGAGAACAAGGUCUCGGAGCUGGCUCGGAGAAAGAUGCCCCUGUUCUGGCUCGAGCUACUGGAAUGCGAGAUGGUUGCCCGCGCUUCCAAGCACGUCCUCGACCGCUACCUGAGCGUCAACAACUAUGCCAACAUCGGCAGCCUGUCCCAGAUCGUGGCAUCCUUCCUCUGCGCCCUGGUUUCGGAAGGCGAAGAAACCGCUGCCCAGACGGAGAAGAGAACGGAAAAGGCCGGUCCCGAGGAACCGGACGAGGACGACCUGGCCGGGCUGASCCUCUUCCAAACCGGCGCCUCGGCCUUUCCCCUCCGAAGCCGCCACGAGGUCUGGUCCGACAUCGAGGARGAAAUCGGCCGCCGGUUCCGGUACGGCCUCUCGAUCUUCAACCGRGGAYCGGCGARCCGAAAGGCACCCUUCCUGCCGCUCCUCCGCCGGGUGUGCCAGCGGAACGGGAUCCGCCUGGUCGCGCGGUCCUACGAGAUCGGCGCAAAGUGCGUCUGCAGCGCCCCGGGGUCCUCCGGGGGAUCCUCCCUCGUGGCCUCGCACCCGAUCUCGGCGCUCGACGUGGUGGACGUCGUYCCGCUGAUGAAGCACGCGGCGGCCCACAACGAGGGCUUUGUGGCSUGCGGCGUGGUUCCCACCACGGGCCUCCCGCCCCUCCACAUCUCCCUCCCCGACGCCAGGGCCACCCUGGAGCAGGCCCACCUGUACCACAACAAGCGGCUCCUCUCGAGGGCCCUCGACCUGGCACAGGAGGCGGCGGGCCUGUACCAGAGGGUCUCGGAAACCCCCGCCCACCCGGGCGUGGUCCGGUGCAUCGACCUCAUCGCGUCGAUUCUGUACGAUGCCGGAGARCCCGGGCUCGCGGCCCAGAACGCCUCCAAGGCCCUCGGGUACCAGACKCAGAUUUCCGGCUUUGACUCCCCCGACGUGAUCAACCUGCACUUUGUGAUGUUCCAGUUCCUCCUGGCCACGGGCGAGCCGUCGAGGGCCACCAAGCACAUCAAGGCGGCGAUCUACCUCAUGGAGCUGAUCGGGGGAAGGAACCACCUGGAGCUCUCGAACGCCUACCACAAGGCGGGAACGGUCUACCACGGGGUGAACGACCUCCGGACGGCCCUCCGGUUCUACCAGSAGGCCACCGCCAAGGACUCGUGCGACCGGCUGCUGGAGGCCAUGAUCUCCAAGAGCUCCGCCCUCGUGCUGGCGGGCGUGGGCGACUUCAAGCAGGCCUUUGAGCACGAGAAGCGGGCCUUUGGGCUGUUUUCGGUCCUCCUGGGGCCCGGCCACACGCUGACGAAGCAGAGCGACCUGGCCCUGAACAAUUUUAUGAGGGCCGCCGUGGAGCACGGGAGCAAGAUGGUCGACGACCUGAAGAAGAAACGGGAGGAAGAAGCGGCCGAGGCCAUUGCCUUUGAGAUCGAGGCCGAGGAGGCCGCGGAAGAGGUGAGGCGCAAGAAGAAGAACCAAAAGAAAAAGAAGGGAAAGAAGCACUGAGCCGAGGAAGGAAGGAAGGAGCGGGCGAGUGGGCGGGCGAGCGGGCGACCGGUCCCCCUACGGUGGAAUUGUAGAACACUAUAGGAA